AUGGCAACAGCUGUACCACGUCCCCGCAGAUACGAGAAGCCAUCACGACGCGACGAGACCCUGUCACACAUUCCGGUUGAUCGGGAAUCUGAGAGAGAGGCUCUCGUUAGCAUGCUUGAAGCUGCAUUUUGCAAAGGACCCCAGGAGAUCAGGGACGGACUCCGAAAUGUUGUUGCAAGGACCAGGGGGGGCGAGCUGUUGAAGGAGGGUGGGAGCAAUCCCGCCAGUGACGUUUCUCUUCUAUGCAAUUUCAAAGAUGACAUCGGGAGAACGGCCCUUCAUUACGCCUGCCUUGGUAGGCGGCCUGUUAACGCAGAGUGGAUUCUAAAAGCCUGUCCAGUCAUUGUCAACUACGAGGACAGUACAGGGGAAACGGCCCUGAUGAAAUCCUGCCGGGCAGGAGAUGUAGUUAUAGUCAAUAUAUUGCUUCACUUCGACGCUGACGUUGAUGCGAGGAGUCAGACCGGAAUCACGGCUCUCCAUUUGGCUGCCGAAAGUGGUGAUGAAGCAUGCGUGAAGGCUCUUCUGGAUGCAGGCGCUGAGGUGAACUGCUUUUCAGAAAUCUCUGGAAGUCCACUACAGUAUGCCGUUAUGAACAACCACUAUGGCGCGACAGAAGAGCUCCUAAUGAGAGGGGCGAAUCCCAACUACCCGUUCAAUGAUGCAAGCACCAAGCCGCCGACCUUUCCACCAGCAUUGGUGUUCGCUUGCAACAUGCGUCAAGAUGCCAUCGCAGAGCUGCUGCUGGUUCAUAAAGCGGAUCCAAAUAUCAGAGACCAAAACAACUGGACAGCGCUCCAGUGCGCUGCUGAGAGUGGUUCCUACAGAGCCACCGAGGCAUUGCUCGAGGCUGGGGCAGACCCUGACGUAGUAACGCAGGGUGUCACCGCUUUCGACUUGGCGAUGCAGAAUGAGAACUGGGCGAUCGCAGACCUUCUGAAAGAUAAGACGUGCCUGUUGCUGGGGGCUGGCUCCGCUUUCGAGGCGCUGCAGGAAGCACGCCAGAAGCGGCGUGAGAUGCAGGAUACAGCUAGAAAAAUGACAGCGAGAGAGGGGCAGCAGCAGGUGGAUGAUGCGAUGAAGGCAAAGGCGGAUGGCGAUGCUUUCAGCGGAGCGGGGGAUUUUGCUCUGGCUGCCGCGAAGUAUACACAGGCUCUCGAGCUGAUGCCAGAUAAUCCAACGUUGAAGCAGGCACGGGCGACGCUGUAUGCCUCGAGGAGUAUGAUGUACCUAAGCAUGGGAGAUCUGGAGUCAGCCGAGAGAGAUGCGGAACUAGCGACGGAGUUAGACCCCCUGUGGAGUAAAGGGUACGCGGCGAAAGCCCGCGUCUACAAGGAGAGGGAGCAAUUUGACGAGUACACAAAACAGUUGUAUGAAGCGUGCAAGCGGCAAACGACGAAGGACGAGGAAUUAAUAGCCGAGCUGAAAGAAGCAAUAGCCAUAUCCAGGAGAAAUCAGGACCCAGGAAGGCCGGAGGGCCCACCAACGGUCGUCGAGAUCAAUGGCUGA